AUGUCCAGCAGUCAAGAUGUCGGAGAAAUGCAAGAGGCUUCAUCGAAUCAACGUCCGGCUGUGUGCUUCAGCUUGGACUGCGUGUCUUACUCGAAAAUCGAGGCAUAUCCAACCCGAGAAAGUAUCCAAGCUCUUGGGAAGAUUACGUUCCUGGAGCCAGCGUUGGAGCAAGACCAGUGCCUCGACGUUGGUUGUGGUCCGGGUGGGUUUACAAGAAACUAUCUGCUCGACUACUGUCGACCCUGCCGGAAGAUCGUUGCCGUAGACAAGGACGUGUCGAUGAUCGAGCGUGCCAGAGAGGUGUCAGCGCAUCCGAAUAUUACGUACGACAUCCUCGAUAUCGAGUCGCCGGAUAUCACUGCUUUCAGGGACAAGCACGGAAAGUUCAGACGAGUGCUCUCCUUCUUCUGCUUCCACAUUGUGAAGGACAACCUGGCUGCUUACAGAAAUGUUGCCCAGCUGCUCGAACCAGGCGGAGAGUGCGCCGUUGUUUCCUGCGUGAACCUAGUCAUCGCUGACAUCUGGCUGCAAGUUUACAAUAUGGACCAAUGGAAGGCAUACAUACCGGACCCUCGAGUCGUUUUUUCAGACUCGUUUCACUUCAACCAAGAUAAACCGACAGCUGAAGUGGAGAGAGAAGUGAAAAAUCUCGUCGAAAAGGCCGGGCUUCGAUGCGUGAAAUAUGAGGCAUACUACACCGAGUGGCUUUAUCCAGGGCUGGACGCCAUUGUAGAUUUCUUCGUCUCAAUCUUUAACCUUGAAGUGAACGUCGCUCAACCAGAAAGGGACGCAUUCAGAAAGACGUGGCGAGACAUACUCGAGCACAAGACGACGGCGACACCUAGCGGACGGAAGCUCAAGUUUCGCAUUUCGGUUUUGCACGCUCGACGCAUUAACUCUUCGUGA